CCCCGCCCUAAUACGGAAGCGGCGGGGUACUCGGGAAUCGACUGCGGGUGGGUCCAGGCCAUGGGGCAGCCCUGGGCGGUGGGGCGCACGGAUGGGGCGCCCGGGCGGCUGCCCCUCGUGCUCACCGCGUUGUGGGCCGCGUUGGUGGGUCUGGAGCUGGCCUAUGUGCUGGUGCUGGGUCCUGGACCGCCCCCGCUGGGACCCCUGGCCCGGGCCUUACAGCUGGCGCUGGCCGCGUUCCAGCUGCUUAACCUGCUGGGCAACGUGGGUCUCUUCCUGCGCUCGGACCCCAGCAUCCGGGGCGUGAUGCUGGCCGGCCGCGGUCUGGGCCAGGGCUGGGCUUACUGCUACCAGUGUCAGAGCCAGGUGCCUCCGCGUAGCGGGCAUUGCUCUGCCUGUCGCAUCUGCAUCCUUCGUCGGGACCACCACUGCCGCCUGCUGGGGCGCUGCGUGGGCUUUCGUAACUACCGGCCUUUCCUGUGCCUGCUGCUUCAUGCCGCGGGUGUCCUGCUCCACGUCUCUGUACUGCUGGGCCCCGCCCUAGCAGCCCUGCUGCGAGCCCACACACCCCUCCACACCGCCGCCCUCCUCCUGCUACCCUGGCUCAUGCUGCUCACAGGCCGAGUGUCCCUGGCGCAGUUCGCCCUGGCUUUCGUGACGGACACGUGUGUGGCGGGUGCACUGCUAUGCGGGGCUGGGCUGCUGUUCCAUGGGAUGCUGCUGCUCCGGGGCCAGACCACCUGGGAGUGGGCUCGGGGCCAGCACUCUUACGACCUGGGCCCCUGCCACAACCUGCAGGCGGCCCUGGGGCCCCGCUGGAUUCUGGUCUGGCUCUGGCCCUUCUUGGCCUCCCCAUUGCCUGGGGACGGGAUCACCUUCCAGACCACAGCUGAUGUGGGACCCGUGGGUCCUGACUCCAGGAAGAGCUAGAGCUGUAUGGAGAGGGGGAACAGUGAGAGAGGGGGCUCAUGAUUCAUUUCAGGCCCACCCCUAGCCUCAGGUGGGGAGGCAGGUUGGUACUUAAUGCCUGCUUUUGGCAACUGCAGCCCCAUCCUUGGCCUUGCCCCUCCCCAGCUUGGACUCCUAGUAGCCAGGACUUGGGCCCUACAAUUUUGCGUCUAUCAGCGGCCAUUGAAUGCAGUGGAGGGUCUGGCAAAGGGCUGCUCUGCCAACCUGCUACCCCUUUGCCAGGUUAAUAAAGUGCCCAGUUGGUCCUUGGA